CACGCCAUGGAUACAACCGGCCACAGCGUCCUCCUCCUCCAGCAGCUGAACAUGCAGCGGGAGUUUGGCUUUCUGUGUGACUGCACAGUUGCCAUUGGAGAUGUUUACUUCAAAGCCCACAGAGCGGUGCUCGCUGCUUUUUCAAACUAUUUUAAGAUGAUAUUUAUUCAUCAGACGAGUGAAUGCAUAAAGAUUCAGCCUACAGACAUCCAGCCUGACAUAUUUAGUUACUUGUUGCAUAUCAUGUACACCGGGAAAGGGCCAAAGCAGACGGUCAGCCAGAGCCGACUGGAGGAGGGCAUCCGCUUUCUGCACGCAGACCACCUCUCCCAUAUCGCGAUCGAGAUGAAUCAAGUGUUCUCCCCAGAGCCGGUCCAGUCAUCAAACUUGUACGGGAUCCAGAUCUCGACCGCACACAAACCGGUGAAGGAACGCCUGGGAGCGAAGGAGAGUCUGCCCAAGGCGGGCAGCAGGUCUGCUGCCCAGGGCGAUCACCUCUCGGUCUCCAUAAAGCAGGAGAGGUGCGACUCGGAGCCCGUGGUGUCCCAGAGCCGCCCCCCUCCUUCUCCGGAGGCAGCCAGCCCCAUCUUUGCUAAGGCCAGCCUCAAGGUGCACUUGUGUCACUACUGCGGGGAGCGUUUCGACUCCCGGGGGGGGCUGCGGGAGCACUUGCACACCCACGUCUCGGGCUCGCUGCCGUUCGGCGUGCCGGCCUCCAUCCUGGAGAGCAGCGACCUGGGGGAGGUGCAGCCUCUGGCUGAGGACAGGGAGGCUGGGGAUGGCCACCGGCUCGGGGCCUUCCUCCUCAAAGAGGACGAGCAUCAUCUGGAGCAUCCGAGCUGCAGCGACCUGGAGCCUCUGCAGAUCGGCCAGCUCUCCCUCAUCUCCAAGGACCACGAACCGGUAGAGUUGAACUGUAACUUUUCUUUCUCGAGAAAGAGAAAAAUCAGUUGUACCGUCUGUGGCCGCACGUUUUUCCGGAAGAGUCAGCUGCUCGAGCACAUGUACACGCACAGAGGGAAACAGCACAAGUACAGCCGCUGCCAGCGGCUGGAGAGCCCCGCGACCCCCAGGUUUCGUCCUUACUGUGACAGUGAGAGCGUGGGGAAGAGCUCCAGUUUAUCCCAAGACCACUUAGAUGAAUGUAUACUGGAGUCGGAUCUCAUCCAAGAAAGUGUUGAUACGAUCCUGGUAGAGUAGUUCUCCCCCUGUGUAGCCUUUAGGUGCUGAAACUGGAUAUUUUGGCAUUUUCCACCUCGUGAGCAGCUGCUCUCUGGAGCUGAUUUUCUUCAACCACCACUCCCAUCGCCUCUGAGAUAACUGUGAAGAACUGUGUACUUUGAUUUGUGUACUUGCUUUUUUACUUCUCUAACUUUUAAACUCAAGCUAAUUCCCAUCUAAGUCCUUCUUGGAAGCCUGCGUGUAACUCAGUUACAUUUUUCAUAAAUGUAAACUUAUUCCUGCUCUGCUUUACUAGAGUUAAGACUGUACUGCUGGGUGUGAGAUUUAAACAUCGUCUAAUACGCUGCGUGGUGCCUAGGACUGUUUGUAUCCCGUAGAAUUGCUCUUCUGAAACUAGAUGGAGAGAAAUGUAGAGGGAAAUAUGUAUUGUGUUUCCCAAACAGUUUGAUUUUAAUUAAAAUAAAUAUCUCAAGGA